AUGUCGGGGCCGUCGGCACAGAGGCCUCCAGCUACCGGCGACGAAGCUCACCGUCGGCACAGCGGGGCCGUCGGCACAACGCACGAUCGGCGCGCGCGCCCGACCACCUCAUCCACACCCCCCACCCCCGGCCCGCCCUCGCUCACGCCCCCACCCCCGCGCCGCCGCCGUCUCCGGCCGCCACCCGCCGCCACGCCCGGCCGCCUCGCCUCCGCCACCACCCGCCGCCACGCCCGGCCGCCCUCGCCUCCGCCACCACACGCCGACGCCCGGCCACCCUCGCCCGCCCUCUUCCUCCGCCACCACCCGCCGAGGGCCCGGCCGCCCUCGCCUCCGCCGCGUCGGCAGCCGCCCCGCCGCGCCUGCAGCCGCCCCGCCCCGACCCCCUCGCCUCCGCCACCACCCGCCGACGCCCGGCCGCUCUUCCUCCGCCACCACCCGCCGACGCCCGGCCGCCCUCGCCUCCGCCGCGUCGCGAGCAGCCCCCGCCGCGCCUGCAGCCGCCCCGCCCGACUCCCUCGCCUCCGCCAGCGCUCGCAGCGCCGCCUCGCCUCGCCCCUCGCCUCCGCUGCUCCUGCUCGCCUCGCCCCGUAA